AGCAGUGCAGGUGAGAGAAAAAAAGCCAGAGAAGGAGGAGGCGCAUGUGGAGGAGAGAUAGAGAAUGCGGGACUCUUGGAAAAAGACGCAUCUACUCUUGGUCCAUCACGAGACAUCCAUCCCGGACACAAGCUGCAUGGAUUAAGCUUAAUUGGGGAUGAUGUUGGAAUCUCAAUUAUAGCCCAUCUAAAGAGGCUCUCCUUUUCAGUUUUAUACGGAAAAACAACAAUGAGAAACUCGCUCUGAAGCACUCUUGUCUUCAUCAUAACUUGCGUGAAGGAAUCCGACUGCUUGGCACGUUGCUCCACUGCGGGGAAAAGAGGAAAACGCAGCUGGAUCUGAAGGUAAGAGGAGAUCCAGUAACAGCAUCCCAAAGACUUUUCUCAAACUGAUUUCAAUUCCUCUUUUGCGGAUGCGAGUUAAUUUUCCUCGGCGUCCGGUGAGCUGAGCAGUGUUUUUUUUUCCUUUUGUGUGGUGCUGCAUUGCAGUUUCUAACUGUGAAAACCGCGAGAAAAGCUGCUGUCCCAAAUGUGACUGGAAUAAAAUAAUUUACAAGAGGCAUAAUGAACUGAUAAGCGACCUCGUCUGAUCUCCGGUUUUACGGGAAAGAAAGACUGAAGUGGAUUAUUUAAAGGCUGAUGAAUUAGUUGUUUCUAUUUCGCAGCAGCAUGGAUUUUUUUUGACAUCUCUUUGGCGUGAACAGCCCAGCAAGACAUCGAGAGUUUUAUUAUAGAAGUUGAAAAAGCCCUGCUGGGUAUAAGAGAAGGAUAAAAUAAAGGAGCCUUAAGUGUGAGAGUGCGGAAGCUUUUCCCCGGACCUCAGGCGGCUGUCCGCAGAGCGGCAGGGGAAGGUAAGAAAGGAUAAAUCAAACACCCACGCUGUGAACUACACCAGACCACAAAACAGCAUUAAAGAAAAAACAAGCGGCAGCUCAGAGACAGACAGUGGGAAGGAGAGAUGCGAGAGAAGGAAGGCGCCAUGCAGAGGCUUGGUGCAGUGCACUCCUCCGCGGCGCAGGCUCUCAGCCUCGUGGUGUUAGUGCUGCAGCUGCUGACUCAGCUACCGGGUGCCGACUCAGCUCUCCGGUACCGAGUGGCGGAGGAGGGCCCAUCUGACGUCAAGAUUGGCAACGUGGCCGCCGACCUGGGGCUCACAGCAGGUACAGGAAGCGGGGACGUCACCUUCGCCUUGGAGAGUGGCUCAGAGUUUUUUAGGAUUGAUAAUGUGACAGGUGAGCUGACAACUGGCCAAAAGCGCAUCGACAGAGAGAAGCUCCCACAGUGCCAGAUGAUAUUUGAUGAAAAUGAGUGUUUCUUGGACUUUGAGGUGUCAGUUAUUGGACCACUGCAGAGCUGGGUAGACCUGUUUGAAGGUCGUGUUGUCAUAACAGACAUCAAUGACAAUACACCUUCUUUCCCCUCACCUGUUCUCCAGCUCUCAGUUGAGGAGAAUCGCCCCAUAGGAACUCUUUACCUGCUGCCCACAGCAACAGACAGGGAUUUUGGCCGAAAUGGAAUUGACCGGUAUGAGCUGAUUCAAGAUGGUGCUGCUGGGUCAAGUUCAACAAGACGCACAGCAGGAGGAAACCCCAUUGCGAGAGUGGAUGGAGGUGGCGACCGGAGGGGUAGAAGUGGAGAUAAUGGAGGAGGACCCCGGAGCACUGUGUUUGAACUACAAGUUGCAGACAUACCAGAUGGGGAAAAACAACCACAGCUAAUUGUGAAAGGCACUUUGGAUCGUGAGCAGAAAGACUCAUAUGAGCUCAUCCUCAGGGUUCGAGAUGGUGGAAACCCACCACGUUCCUCCCAAGCCUUACUUCGUGUGUCCAUCAGUGAUGUGAAUGACAACAGCCCACAGUUUGAGAGGUCCACAUAUGAGGCAGAAAUGGCAGAAAACGCUCCUCCAGGUACACCUGUCCUCCAGGUCAGAGCUUCAGACCGCGACAUUGGAGUCAAUGGGCAAGUUGAGUAUGUCUUUGGAGCGGCCACUGAAUCCGUCAGGCGACUCCUGCGGCUGGACGAGGCCACUGGAUGGCUGAGCGUCCUUCACAGGAUUGACAGGGAAGAUGUGUCCCAACUGAGGUUCACAGUAACAGCCAGAGACCGAGGUCAGCCACCCCGCACUGACCGCACCACUGUCAUCUUGGCUGUCCGGGAUGAAAAUGACAAUGUCCCAGUGGUGGAGAUCCGAAAGAUUGGACGGAUCCCUGUUAGAGAUGGAGCAGCGUUAGUUCCAGAGAACGUUCUGGUGGACACACCAGUAGCUCUGGUACAGGUGUCAGACCGAGACCAGGGAGAGAAUGGAGCUGUGACGUGCACAGUCGUAGGAGACGUCCCAUUCACAUUGAAGCCAGCUGGUGAAACAGCACUCCCACCCAUGCCUGCAGAUGAAUCCUUUGACAGGAAUAAGAAAAAAUACUUCCUACAUACUUCUGCCUUGCUGGACUAUGAGGCCACCAAAGAGUACAGUGUUACCAUUGUGGCAGUAGAUUCUGGCAGCCCCAGUCUGUCAAGCAACAGUUCACUGAUGGUGCGUGUAGUAGAUAUCAAUGACCAUGCCCCCAUCUUUGCCCAGAGCGUUGUGGAAGUCCACUUUGCUGAGAACAACUCACCUGGUGAAAGAGUAGUCACAGUGUUAGCCUCAGAUGCAGACAGCGGCAAGAAUGCUGAGAUGGCAUACUCCCUGGACCCUGCUGGUAACGGGAAAUUUUACAUAGAUGCAGAUAAUGGAGAUAUCCGUGCCACAGGGGUUCUUGACCGUGAGGAGCGAGAGAGGUAUGAACUUCGAGUGAUUGCCAAGGACAAGGGUACACCUUCACUGCAAGGCUCCGCAACAGUUGUUGUUCAGGUGACCGACCGCAACGACAAUGCUCCAAAGUUUGUUCAGGAAAUCUUUACAUUCUACGUGAAAGAGAACCUGCUUGCCAACAGCCCGGUUGGCAUGGUCACUGUGACAGAUGCUGAUGAAGGCGAGAAUGCAGAACUUAGUCUGUUUGUAGAAAUGGAUGGAGUUGAUGAGAAGAAGUCAGUAGAGAAGGUGGAAGGAGAAGAUAGUGAGAAAGAGCAGGAAGACAUGUUUUCCAUUGACAACAACACAGGAACUAUCUUUUCUUCUGCAUCAUUUGACCGUGAAAAGCUUUCCUCCUAUACCUUCCGUGUCCAGGCUGUGGAUGGAGGUGAGCCCCGGAAAACUGCCACCGCCACUGUCUCGCUCUUUGUGACAGAUGAAAAUGACAACGCCCCCUCAAUCACCUCUCCAUCCAAUGAGUCCUACACUCUCCUUCCACCCGCCAGCAGUGCCCGUACCAUAGUCAGGACUGUAACUGCCAUAGACUCAGACACUGGCCCAAAUGCAGACCUUCACUAUGAUCUGGUGGGGGGAAAUCCCUUCCGACUGUUUGAGAUUGGCCACACUAAUGGAGUGAUCACACUGGCAGAACCUCUGGAGCGGCGCCACAGAGGUCUGCACCGCCUGGUGAUCCGGGUCAAUGAUAGUGGAGCGCCCUCCCUCUGUGCCACCACCCUGGUUCAUGUCUUCAUCAACGAGAGCUUGGCCAACGCAACCCUUGUGGAUGCACAGGUGGCCCGCAGUUUGAUGGCUCCACUGUCACUGGACAUCGCGGGGGACCCAGACAGCGACCGUGCAUUAGGGAAACAGCGCCUCAGCGUAGCUAUUGGUGUCCUGGCGGGGGCCGCGGCGGUCAUCCUGGUGAUCCUACUUGUAGUCACAGCUCGGCAGUGUGGAGCUCAGGGCAAAAAUGGCUACGAGGCCGGUAAGAAGGAGCCAGAGGAGGACUUCUUCAGUCCUCCAGGAGCUCAACCACAGGCUGGCCACAGCAGGGGAUCAGACCGGGGACGCAAACCACGUCGGGACAAACGCAACGGAAGUGGCACCAAUGUAGCGGUGGGAGGAGGGAAAGCAGACAGAUCCCUCUACAGCGGUAUUGUUACAGUCAAUGGUCUGCGCCGCCAUGCAAAUGAUGACGAUGAGGAGGAUCUGAGCAGUGCGAGUGAACGCCUCGCAGCACGCUACUGCGCUAUGGACGGUGACCCCGGAAGCCCACGGAUGAGCGGUGGCAUGAGGCACCAGUCGAGCCCAGAUCUGGCCAGGCACUACAAAUCCAGCUCACCUCUACCUGCAGUGAAUCUACAGCCCCACUCCCCCCCAGCUGAAGGAAAGAAGCACCAGGCGGUCCAGGACCUGCCUCCCUCCAACACCUUUGUGGGCAGUGGAGGUUGUGUGGGGAGCGCCGGAUCCAGCAGCAGUAGCAGUGGGGGCAGUGGCAACGCAGAUGCUAUGUCCCUGGGAUCUGACCAGUGCUCAGAUUACGGCUGCCAGACUGGGAACAAGUACAGCAAACAGGUAGGAGCUCUGGGAAGGGAACUGGGAUGA